AUGCCAAAACAACAGCGAAAAGGAGAAAAGAAAUCAUCAACCGAACAAAAGAAGAACGGUAUCACAUUCAAACUCUUUCAGGGUGGAGUUGAUGGCAAAACCACUGUUUGGGUUCCGACAAAUCUACAACAUCAAUCGGAAAAAGCCAAAGAAACAUAUGAGCAAUUGAAGCAAGCAUUGGGAGAUGUUAUCGAAGAGGAUGUGGACGAAGAAGAGGAACCAAAGGUCAUGUUUGGUCUUCAAAAGUUGAUGGAUAUGCAAAAUGGUGAAUUUGAUGAUGAGUUUGAUUUUGAGGAAGAAAUUGUUUCCGAAGAGACCGAAGAAAAGCGCAACGAGCGAUUAAGAAGGACGGUUGGUGGCCUGUUUCCCGAUGAUGGAUAUGACUAUUCAAAACACAUCCGAAAGAUUGGAGGUGGUACCUUUAUCAGCGCCUUUGGAAACGAAACAUAUCAACCACCAUCUAUACUUUAUGAGGAAAGUCCUGCACAAAAUGAAGAGGAAGACGAUGAUGAAGAGGACUAUGAGGACUUGGAAGAAGAGGAAGAAGAAAUAGUAAAGCCAACAUUAGAAACACUAAUUAAUGGGAUCAAAGAAACACAACAAGAAACAGCAAGCAGCUCUACUGAACUACCUAACAUAGAUGCUUCAAAGAUUCCAUUCAAGCUUAAACCAGAUUUUAAGGCGUAUGGAUUGGAAAAAUAUGCUCAUGGUAAAAUAGAUACUGAAAUUGAGUCGAUUUUGGAGAACGAUGGCGAGACUGAGUCAGAGGAAGAAGAAGACGAAAAUAAUGAUGAAACAGAAAAGGUAAAUCCAAUGGACAAAUACGGUGAAGAUUAUGACGAUUUCUUCGGAGAAAUUGUUCAAGAAUUAAUAAUUCAAGAAGCUGAAGAAGAAGAAGGUGACGAUGACGAUUACAUUGACGAAGAAGAAGAUGAAACACGACCUCGAGUCUUCAAUUUUGACAACGAUGAGCCACUGCCAAAAGAAUUGCUCAAAAAAUUUUUGCCAAAAGAAGAGUUGAUUUUAAUUGAAGAGGAAGAGGCAAAGAGAAAUGUCAACAAAAAAUCAACCACUACAAAGGCAUCUGUCACAACCAAGAAGGAUGCUAAAAAGGACGAAAAACCAAGUACGCAACCUAAUAAGAAAGUGUCAUUUACUGUGGUCGAAGGAGAUGACGAUGACGAUGGUGAAUGGGAAGAUGAAGAUGGAGAGUGGGAAGAUGAAGAAGAUGAAGAAGGCGAAUGGGAAGAUGCAGAGAAUGAAGAAGAGGACCCUAUUUUCACAAAAUCAGAAAACAGAAAACAAUUUGAUCAAGAUUUUGACAUUUUCUAUAAGACGGCAUAUGCUGACGAUCAGAUUGGUGAAUUGGACGACAACGACCCAAAGCUAAGAGAAAAUACAGAAUUUGAUGCAAAGCGAGUGAAUGACUUGCUUGAAGACUUUUUUACUGAGCAAAGAAGAAGAUUUGGAGCUGGUGAAUUCAAAACCAGUUCAACUAUUACGGAUGAAGAGUUGAAAGAAAUUGAAGCACAAUUACCUCCUGACGUGAAAGUUUUCCGUAGAGAAGACUUUGAGAAGAUGCGAGAAUUGACCCCAGAAGAAAGAUACAAGAUGGUAGUGAGACAAAUGGAAAGAAUUGAAAAAGAGGAAUCCAAAUGUGAAACGGAGGUCAUUACAAUCCCUGAACGAGAUAAUAGAUGGGACUGUGAAACCAUUCUCACCAGUUACACAAACAUUUAUAACCAUCCAUCUGUCAUUGAUGACGCACCACGCAAGAAAAAACAAAUCAAAUUGUCACAAAAGUCAGGUUUACCUAUUGGAGUCAUCGGAAAACAAAAAGUUGACAUGACUGAGGAAAAAGUUGAAGAAGAUGAGUUUGAGGAGGUUGUAAAUUUAGGUCAGGCAAGAAACAAGAACGAAACAAAAGAAGAGCGAAAAGAAAGAAAGAAAAAGGCAAAGGAAUUGAAGAGGCAAAAAAGAGAGCAAAAAAAGAAUCUCAAAAACAGUUUCAAAGAAGAAGAGCUUAAGCAACAAAAACUCGCCAUUAAUCCUUCCAACCAACAAAAAGUGGUCGUAAAGUAUUAA